AAAGGGAACGGAGGAAACAGGCCACUCCGGUCAACCAAGUGGAAACAGGUUCAAAUUCAGAUGAUGCUCAAAAGAAAUUCGGCAACGCCAAGUCCAUUUCUUCCGACCAAUAUUUCUUAAGAGAACCGACUAGGAGAGAUCCAGCCCCCACCAGGUCUAGUUACAAUAUGCCGGCAUACGAUCUAGAAGACGUUAAAGAGAGCAUCAUGCAUGGCGUCACCAAAGUAGCCGACAGGCUCGGUUCAAUCGCCGAUGCCGUAGCAUCAGGGAUACAGGACCGGAUGAACUACUAACAUUUAAGUUUAGACGACGAGUUGGAAAGGUUGACGCAUCUGCACACAUCGUGAACUUGUCGCUUCCAUUGAGCCGUUCGUCGACGAAAUUCGGUUUUGAUAAACAGUUUAUUGAAACUGAGUGCCUUGACAACUAGGACUAUCUCGUUAUCUCUUAAGGAGCAAUUGUAGAAUAGUAAUGUGGAACUUGACGCGUUCGUGUACGUGGAGAUCGAAACUGGUCUCAGAUCAGGGCCUCGAGGCAUUCCCAAGACGCGUUUGGUGCCGCAGUAGUCGAGCUCUUUCGGGAUCGGUAUUGGCUCUCCAAAGUUUGGGGUCGGAUUUUGAGGGAGCUCGCGUUGUUUCAAUGCCAGUAGUUUGUUGAUGUAAAUAUUUUGAUGUUGAGAGUUUCGUAUUUCGUGGGUCGAUGUGGGUUUUUUACGUUUGGAGAGGAGGAGUAUGUGUUGCUAUAUUGGUCAUGAAAAGAAAAUUAAUUUUUAUAACCUCAAGAAGCUCUUUUGAGAGGGAAAACCUAACCUCAAAAGUUCGUUUUAGAGGAAAAAAAACCACGAAUGGCUCUUUUGAGAGGAAAAACAUAACCUUAAAAGCUUUUUUUAGAGUGAAAACAACCAGGAAAGGCUUUUUUGUGAGGAUAAAUAUUGCAUUCUCAAUAAUCAAAACUAGAAACUUACUAGAAUACUUCUUGAUUUUUAAUAUUUUUGCUGUGCCCGUUGAUGAUCAUAUUGCAGUAGAAAUAUUAUUAUUAUCUUUUCAAGUGAUUAUGAUAAGCAAAAGUGUUUUUUGAUAUAUUCACCUCAAAAAAUCAGUGUAACAGAAGUAUGAAUCUAACUCGGCAGACUCGAAGGGUCUGUUUUGCAGAUAGUUCUUGAAAAUCUGGAACAAGAGACUUGCCAAAUAAUUUGAGUAUAUUUAGAUGAUUGUUAUAGUUGAAAUGGGGAAAAAUAUGUCAGAGACACUGAGCCAGGAACCGUGUAAUGUCUCUUUCAAUACACUCUGUUGCUAUGCUUCUAGGUUGAACUUUUGCAACAUAUAUUUAUUUCCAUCUCCGUGUUUCUCUCUACUACAGCUUCAGUUAUUUUCGAUCUGAUUUAUCUUGCCACAAUCCAUGUAAAAAUACAAAACUCUCCAUCUUCUGUAUAAACAAAAAGAGAUUCCUCUAUAUUAUUUCUGUCUAUGUGCCCCUACAUAUCUAUGUGAGGUUAUAACUGUGUUAGUGAUUGUUUACAAUUCCAUGAUACGCUUUCUGACUGUGUAGGAGGCAUAAAAGUUUAGGGUCGUAUCAAUGUUUGAGCAGCAGGAUCAACGUUUGGUGUUAACCUCACUUUUGGAUUUGCGUUUUUCUUCUUUACACGUAGUGUCCUUCUCAAUGUAAUGGCCUGAGCUAGUGGGGCUAUUUAGCCAAAACGUUCACUGUUCGGGAGACGUAAAUUUAAACAAUCUUCACUUGGAGAAAAAAAAGAUAUGACAGUUUAUAAUAUCAAUUUGAGAAAUUGGACAAUGGUCACUCAGUACUUGAAUGCUACACAAUGAUGCACUAAAGUUUGAGGUCACAGAAUGACAGGAGUGAGGUUAUGGCAUUGAGGUUUUGUGUGCAUUAACAAUGGAAAAGGAUAUCAUUUAAUGAAAUCGGUUGAAAGCGAACCUUUGUGAUUCUUGGGGUGUUAAAAUCUUGGAGCAGACGUUGACAGUUUAUCAGAUAAAAAUUUUCUACAAUUUGAAACUCCGAAAUGAACUAUUUUUAUGUGUAAGUUUUCAUUGAAAUUUCAGUUCUGUGAAGUUUUGUGCAUUAUUCAGUAAAUAUUGUGAUAUAUCCAUACAGCCCUUUCCAUAACCUGACUUUUGUCGUCAGGAUCAACUAUCAAUAAUUCGUGUAAGCCAAUUAAAUGACAAUGAGGGAAAUAUGUACUUUCAUGCAAUUCCCAUUUAAAUUUUAAGUUCUUCCUAUUUUUUGAGGUUAUUUUUUGGGUUUGUUCGUUUGUAAUUUACAUCUCUGCUUUCAGACUAGUUUAGGGCGACAUUUUAUUUGACCAAAGUUGGCUUCAACUGGAA